UACUUUCGUAUGUGGAGAAAAAUUAUGUUAUCCUGGUUAUCCCUGCUGGCUUAUUAGUCUCUCUGUUUCCCUGUUUUGUGUGCUUUAGAGCCAUCACCAUCAUCAAACUGAUGGACUAUGAGGAUGCUUUAAGUUUGUCCUACUGUGCCUUUCUCUUACUCCUGGGGAUAAUGCCUUCAGGUCAUGCAGAUGCGACUGAUGCAAAUGUAUUCAUUUUAUAACAGAUUUUGUACAGCUGGACGAAAAUAAAAAUUUCUAAGUAGGUUCAAACUUAUUAUGUGUUAAUCUGAAAAAGGGAAAAAGAGGGCAUCUUUUAUAUGUGUGUGUCUCCAAGGUCUGCAGCUCAUUUUCAAGUUGUUUUUACCAAAGAAAUAAAUCAAAAUGUUUGUAAUAAAACUACAAGGAAUUAAAAUCAAAAUGUGUGACUUAACAUGUAAAAGCUUAUAAAAGCAAGAAUGCCGCCAUCUGCCUCCAUCUCACCUCCAUUAUAUUCACUAUCCUUCAUCUACACGUCUAAACCAUCUCAUCCUUUCCUCCUAAAUCUGUUCACUGCCCUUUCUCCAUAGUAAUUUGUAUACCACCACAGGUAUGUCAUUUUAAAAGGUUUAAAACAGUAAGUCAAAUAUUUGGACAUGGAGAAAACAAAAGUUAAAAGGUAGCUGAUAAAAAUCAGCUGUCCAUAAUUUAAUAAGGACUUGUAACGGUUGUAGGUUGGGGUGGUAAUUCCUCACUAGUUCCUUGUGGAUGUCUACCUUCGAACAGGAGUAGCCACAUUUGAGCACAGGAGGGCGGUACGAGCGCCGAAUUGAACCAGAACUAGCUGUACUAAGCAGACAGAAAAAAAACUGGCUAGGUGAUAGCAAAAGAGCUUUGAACAUCGAGCUGGCGAGAAGGUAGAGGAGAAAAGUGGAACGCCACCACGGAUUUUUUGUGGGAUAAACGUACAGGGCUCGCUGCUAAAACGAUGCCUCACACAAGACGAUACUCGUCCUCGGAAAGAGACAGUCGAGCCAGCUACCAGGAUCGUUACAGAGACCGAGACAGAGGGCGAAGACAUCGACACAGAAGAACGCCGACUUACUCCUCCAGCAGUGACAGAGAAAGGGACCGAGACAGGAGGGGACGUGGACACAGACAGGAAGGAAGCUAUGUACGGUCACGGAGUCGCAGCUAUGACAAUCGGUCAGUGGAACAACGACCGUUUGACAGAAGAUACUGCGAGGGAUACAGACGGUUUGAUCAGAGCAGAGAACGCGACAGAGACAGGGAGCCACAUGGAGCAGCCGAAAGUUACUAUCCACGUGACUUCUCGCCGAACAUGUACGACUACAGACGCGGCCGUGAGAGGGAGCGUGAACAAGAAGAGUCGUACCGGAGGAAAGGCAGCAGGCGUAAGCACAAACGAAGGCGGCGUAGAACCAGGUCCUAUAGCGCAUCCUCCUCGCGGAGCAACAGCCGGACGCGUGCACUGAGUGUGAGGGACGACGAGGAAGGGCACCUGAUCUGUCGGAGUGGGGACGUCCUGCAAGAGAGAUAUGAGAUUGUCAGCACUUUGGGGGAAGGUACCUUUGGCAGGGUGAUGCGGUGCAUUGACCAUCGCAGGGGAGGAGCCCACGUUGCUCUGAAAAUUAUCAAGAAUGUGGAGAAAUACAAGGAAGCAGCUCGCUUGGAGAUCAAUGUACUGGAGAAGAUCAAUGAAAAGGAUCCGGAUAACAAAUUUUUAUGUGUACAGAUGUAUGACUGGUUUGACUACCACGGUCACAUGUGCAUCUCCUUUGAGCUGCUAGCUCUGAGCACCUUUGACUUUCUGAAGGAAAACAACUACCUGCCCUACUCAAUUGGUCACGUCAGACACAUGGCCUACCAAAUCUGUCUUGCUGUGAAAUUUCUCCACGACAAUAAGCUGACACAUACAGACCUCAAGCCUGAGAACAUCCUGUUUGUCAACUCAGACUUCACCAUGUCCUACAACGUAGAGAAGAAACGAGAGGAGCGGACUGUUAAGAGCACGGCAGUACGCGUGGUGGACUUUGGCAGUGCCACAUUUGACCACGAGCACCACAGCACCAUUGUGUCCACGCGGCAUUACCGUGCCCCUGAGGUCAUAUUAGAGUUGGGCUGGAGUCAUCCCUGCGAUGUGUGGAGCAUUGGCUGUAUCCUGUUUGAGUACUACUUGGGCUUCACUUUGUUUCAGACUCAUGACAACAGGGAACAUUUGGCUAUGAUGGAAAGAAUCCUGGGACCAGUGCCCUCCAGGAUGAUUCGUAAGACUCGGAAGCAGAAAUACUUCUAUCGUGGUCGUCUUGAUUGGGAUGAGAGCUCCUCAGCGGGAAAAUAUGUUAGAGAAAACUGCAAACCAUUACGGCGAUAUCUGCUGUCCGAGGCGGAAGAGCACCACCAGCUGUUUGACCUCAUCGAAAGCAUGUUGGAGUAUGAGCCCUCCAAGAGGCUUGCACUGGCUGACUCUCUAAAACACCCUUUCUUUGAGAACUUAGGGAUCAGUGAGGCUGCAGGCACCAAGAGCUGGGAGGGCAACCGGGACAUCAGCCGGUGACCCACAACCCUCCAAAGACUGAAUGAUGAAGGGUUUACAGUCCUUUCUGUGUGGAGCAGUGGGAACUGUUGAAUAAAUUGGGGCCUCAUCUGUCAUUAAAGCAUGGACACCUUAACUUCUCGCUCCUCUGGCGUCAAUCUCUGUAGCCACAAGAGGCAUGUUUUUGCAGCAGAGACUAAAAAUAAGCCACAGAAGAUGUGGGGGAAAGAGUGAAGUCUUUUCUAGUUCUCACCUCGGCAGAGGCAAAAAAAAAAUUCUUUAAAUGGAAGAUUGUUUGUAUCCAAAGUAGCCCACUAUGCAGCUCCUGUCUUCCUUUAGACUUCUGAAACACCUUCCACCCUUCUUUCUGUUUACCUGUUAUUUUAACCAGCAUGUAAAGAAAAUAAGGAAAUGCUACCAGAGUCUGUCAUCAAAAAAAGAAUCAGCUUUGGAGAUGAAAAAGUCUUCCGAUUCUGAAGUGAAAGGAAAGGGUUAAAAAAAGGAGACAUGGAGAAGAGAUUCUGUUAUACAAACAUCUGAUCAUUCAAAUUGGAAAGUAUUGCAAACAUCUGUGGCAGAGGCAAGUGUCUCAACUUCUUGUCUACGUUGUUAAUUAAAGACUUGCACAUAGACUUCUUGUUUUAUAAAAGAAAUGUCCCCUAUAUGGAGAAUCUGCCAUAAAUUAGUGGUUUUAUUACUAUUCACCAGUAAUGUAAGAAGAUAAUAAUGACGGGACACUCCCCCUACAUGGGUCUUUGCUGCCUCUCUUAUAUGAUAAAUAUGUUGUCAUGCAAUGAUUUCUGGGUGUGAGAGUGUGUGUCUGUUGGAUGGAGUGGGCGACGCGUUUAUGUUUUGCUCAGUGGUUUACGUAAGCAUUAGUUGUGGGAACAUUCCCACUCAUUCAAACUCCAAUAACUGCCUUUUCCAUGUUUGACAUUUUUAGACCUGACGUCUUUCUAUCGAGGUUAAGCACACAGCCCCUGUUGAUGGUAUUUAUUAUGAGUUCUUCUAGGUCAUAGUCCCCACCGCCAACCUGUACAUGACUUGUUUUUGUAUGAAAUUAAAGCGUAUAAAACUGUAUAUAUGUAUUAUUGUGUAGAAUUAAAGUCCUCCUUGCCAAAGGC